UGUGUUGACUUUGAUUACCCAUGAAGCCUUUCUCAAACACUGCAGCAGGACCUUGGUCAGAUAAAUAUCCCGGAGUGCCUCAGUGACCCCUCAUUCUCCACCACACACCAGCAUGGCACCUUCAGUUGUUCACGCCGCUGUAGGACUCCUCUUCCUCCUUGCCUCUGCGCACGCGCAAACAAGAGGAGACAGCGUGGCAGCGUGCCAGCCAAAUGAUGGUUUUGGAAAGUACUGCCCUACCACAUGUGGAGUGGCCGACUACUUGUUUCGAUACUUACCAGACAUCGACAGAGAUUUGACGUACAUGGAGAAUGACUUGGAACACAUCGCCAACAUGACCGUGGACACGGAGGAGAAGGUGGUCAUCAUGAAAGACUCAGCCACAGCCGCGCAGAAGAGCUCCCCGUCAGAAAACUACAUCAAGAAAUCAGCCAACAUGUUGGAAGACGUCAUACGCUACGAAAAGACCAUCUUUGCACAAGAAAAGCAAAUAUUUGAUCUGCAGAACGUUCUUGCAUCCAAUCAGAGGAGGAUGGCUGAGCUGGAGACCAUGUCCAACCAGCUGAAGAUGAAGUGCCAGGAGCCUUGCCAGGAUUCUGUCGUAAUCCAGCCCACCACCGGCACAGAUUGUCAAGACGUUGCCAAUAAAGGAGCCACCACCAGUGGUCUAUACUACAUCAAACCUGCAGCUGCACCAGAACCAUUCUUGGUCUAUUGUGAAAUCGAUGAAUAUAGACGAGGCUUCACUGUCAUUCAAAGGAGACGAGAUGGCAGCGUGGAUUUCAACAAGAACUGGGUCCAAUAUAAAAACGGCUUCGGGUACCUCUCCCCAGACGACACCACAGAGUUCUGGCUCGGCAAUGAGAAGAUCCAUUGGCUGACCGUCGGUGCAACCAUCCCCACUGUGCUGCGGAUAGACUUGGUGGAUUGGCAGGGCAACAAAAAGCAUGCAGAUUACAACAUGUUCGCCCUGAGUCCAGAGAUUGACAUGUUCCGUCUUACCUAUGGCUUCUACUUGGGCGGAGACGCUGGAGAUGCUUUUGCAGGCUUUGACUUUGGAGAUGACCCCAGCGACAAGUUCUACACCAUGCACAACGGGCAGCAGUUCAGCACCCCCGACAAGGACAACGACAAAUAUGACGGAAACUGUGCCCAGCAGGACGGCUCUGGCUGGUGGAUGAACCGCUGCCACGCCGCCCACCUCAAUGGAAAAUACUACCAAGGUGGAAGGUACACGGCAAAGGAUGCUGGCGAGUAUGGCUUCGAUAACGGCAUCAUCUGGGUGACCUGGCACGACCGCUGGUACUCACUGAAGGAGACCACCAUGAAACUAAUCCCCCUGACCCGUCUCGCAGCUGAAGGAACCCAGCAAGGCGGCAUGAAACAGUUUGGAGGACUCUAAAUACAACACCAAUACAAGUUCCUUUAUGAGAUUAUCAAAUGCUUCCAAAUGUCUCCUGUUUUACUGUAGGCCUGUAUUAAAGAGUACCCUAUUUUUAACGUGUAUUUGAGUAAAACUGUAUCCUGUCUCCCUGAUUAAAGAGGGCGUGAUUGACAGGUGGAUUAACCAAUCAGCAGUGGUGGAAAGUAACAAGUAAGUACAAGUAGUAAAGUACUGUAUUUAAGUAGAAUUUUUAGGUAUCUGCACUUUACUUAAGUUCAAUAUUUUUCCGAGUUCAAGCUUCAGCUUUGAGCAAACAAAAAUAAAUAUACAAAAGUCAAGAAAAAUUAAGAAAUUGAUUCGUAUUGUUACUGUUGACCAAAAUAUGUACCAUUUUUAAUCACUAUUACUACAUUUAACACUUUAACAAAUGAACAACACUUGUCUGAAAUGCUUUUAAUUUUUAGUACAUUUUUAUACUUGUACUUAAAUGCUUUUACUUAAGUAUCUUUUUUCAUGUGAUACUUUAACUUUUACUUGAGUAACUUUUCACCUCUGUAUCUGUACUUUUACUCAAGUUACAAAAGUGAGUACUUCAUCCACCACUGCCAAUCAGAGAGACACGUGGUCUGUCCCAGUUUAAUCAAACAUUGUGGCUUAGGAAUAAAAAAGUAAAAUAAAACAACACAGAGAUGCAAACCAAACAUUAGAAGCACUAAAAUGUAUCUCUUAUGUUUUGUUCUGAAUAUUAUGAGAGUUUUGGAGAGGAGAUGCCUUCCACAUUUGAGAGACAUGUGACUCACAUUAGUGGCUGUGGUUGGAUCGUCCCACGUUUGGACAGAGGUUUGUUACGCUCAGAUUCCAGACCCUUCUAGAUUCAAACAGGAUCCACAAGGGCCUGUCUGGUCAGACAAGCAGCAGAAUGUUGUCCAACACUAGAGGAGGAAAAAUAAAUAGGGUUGGAAAUGUGCUGUUUGGAUUUGUAUUUUUUUAAUUUAGCCAAAAAAUAAUAGAACAGUGUACAGUGUAGACCAGUGGUUACACCUAAGAUCAUUUUGGCUUUCCAAGUCCCACCAGAUCUAAACCUGUAAAUCAUGUACAAAAAAUGGAGAUAACUUUUGAUGCCUCACUCCUCUAGAUUUUCACAAAAUUUAAGCUCAUUCCAAUAAACACACAAGGAGGAGUUUGUAAAAGUCUUGUGUUAAAAACCUGACAAUUUGUGACAUUUAUUUUUCUUCAUCACUGCGGCAAAACCAUGAGAAAAAAUGGUUUAGGUGUCACUGACUUUUUGAUGGGAACGCUUUUUUUUCUCCCCAUAUGAAAGUUAGUUCCACUCCAAAGCACUCAAUUCAAUUUAUUCACAUGGAUGGAUUGAUCACAUUCAUUAACACUGAGUCUGGGGCAUGGAGUUUAACAACUGAUUCAAAUUUGAUGACAGUUUGUCUUUGUGCAAAUGGGAGUUGGAAAUUUCAACAUUUGUGCAAAUUGUGAGACUGUGAGGCAUGUAGACACAACAAAUGUCCAAGGAGGUGUUCAUCAAAGUAUCCUGUGUUAAAAAAACAGACAAUUUGUGAGAUUUGAAGUGCAUUUUACCAUUAGAAAGUAGAAAGUUUCUACCAUCGACUACGACGUAAAAAUAUUUCAUGGAUGUUAUUGACUUUUUUGAUCAAGAUGCCAAAUUGGAAUUUUCUGUAAAAUUUCGAAAAUGUAAUUAUCUUUUCUCCUCACUUAAACUGUAUUUCAAUCUGUAGAGGGCUCUAAUGUGCAAAAUUCAGUAUAGACAGAACCACAGUGCAAAAAUGUCAGUGUAAGUAGUUGAUUGUAGUUAUUUAAAAUGACAGAAGCUGCUGUUAUAGAGAGACGUGUUAUAAGUUUAUAAAAGUGUCGAUUAGGUUCAUUCCCCGUGAACCACCAGAGACGAUCCCCAUUUAAAACCAGCGGUACACGUAACACAGUUUGAGAAACACAGUGUAGACAGUGCCAAGGUUUCCACACCAAUGUCAAACUCCAAAUAGGCCAAAAUGUCUCAAAGGUUCCUGAUUCUCACCACUGGGCUUUGUGACAAGGAUUUGAGUCAGGGUGUCCUUGUCCAGUUCAUAAAUGUCGGGACACCGUGGUCACGCCUCUAUAGACUCGUGCUUUAUGAUAUAUAUAUAUAGUGGCAUGUAUAAAUCUCAAGGUUUAUAACAUAUACACCUGUUACCAUGACAUCCAUCUUACUACUUUUGUCUCACAGUCGCGUUUUGUCAUUUGAUUGUACUUUUUGAAAUUGCAAAGCCCAUCAGAAGAGAAUGGCUGGCUUUGUCCAAAAUGUGUGGUUUGAAAGGUAAGAAAGUCUAGUGCUUGGUGAUACGUGUGAAAUGGAGACUUGGAAGGACAGCACAGUCAAUGCAACUCCAGUUAUUUUAAAAAACUAUAUAUGUACUUUGAUUUUUACAUAUAAAAUUCACUACAAUAAUAGCUUUACUCAUCAAACUAGUCAAAAACAUUGUGUCGGUUUUCAGAGUCUUGUGUCAUUUACUUUCAAGCAGUUAGUUAUAUAGAUUAUAGUAGUUUCAACUGUCAAAUGUGGACAGGCAUUUGCAAAAUAAGCUCUCUCUGGGGUCCUCUAGUGGCUGUUUCCUGCACUUGCGUUUGGUUAUAUUCACCUUAUUCCUAAAGUUGCUGUGGGCGCCACCAUCAUCAUCAUUGGGGUUGUGUUAUUUUGCAUGGUGCUGCCAAAACUUUUCUCAAAUUCUCCAUUGAAUCAACACAAAGACAGUGCGUUUUAGUAGCGUUUAAAUUUAAAAGUAGGCGGGGCUUAAAGUGCUUGUGGACAUACUUACUUGUUGCAUUACAAAUGUAUAGUAAAGGCAUCUCUUCUGGUUUAAAUG